GGCCAAGGAGUCUGAUCAAAUGAUCUUUCCUCCCCAGGAGACCUAAGCCCUGUGUCUCCAAUAUGGAACUGGAGAACCACACACGAGUCACCAAGUUCAUUCUGGUGGGAUUCCCUGGGAGCUUGAGUAUGCGGGCAGCCAUGUUUCUGAUAUUCCUUGUGGCCUAUAUUCUGACAGUGGCUGAAAACGUGAUCAUCAUCCUAUUGGUGCAGCAAAAUCGGCCACUGCACAAGCCUAUGUACUUCUUUCUGGCCAAUCUAUCCUUCUUGGAGACUUGCUACAUCUCUGUGACUGUGCCCAAGUUACUGUUUAGUUUUUGGUCUAUGAACAACAGCAUCUCUUUCACACUCUGUAUGAUACAACUGUACUUCUUCAUUGCACUCAUGUGCACAGAAUGUGUGCUCCUGGCCGCCAUGGCCUAUGACCGGUAUGUGGCCAUCUGUCGCCCACUCCACUACCCGACCAUAAUGAGCCAUGGGCUCUGCUUCCGCCUCGCUCUUGGUUCCUGGGCCAUUGGCUUUGGCAUCUCCCUGGCGAAGAUCUACUUCAUCUCCCACCUCAGCUUCUGUGGUCCCAAUGUCAUCAACCACUUCUUCUGUGACAUCUCUCCAGUACUUAAUCUUUCCUGCACAGACAUGUCCAUAGCUGAGUUGGUGGACUUUAUCCUGGCACUGGGCAUCUUCCUUUUCCCACUCAUUAUUACUGUCCUGUCCUACGGAUGCAUUCUGGCCACCAUCUUACGCAUGCCCACAGGAAAACAGAAAGCAUUCUCCACUUGUGCCUCCCACCUUGUGGUGGUCACCAUUUUCUAUUCAGCCAUUAUUUUCAUGUAUGCUCGACCUCGAGCUAUCCAUGCCUUCAACAAGAACAAAAUUAUUUCCAUCUUCUAUGCCAUUGUUACUCCUUCUCUCAACCCUUUCAUUUAUUGCCUAAGAAACCGAGAGGUCAAGGAAGCUCUGAAGAAACUGGCAUAUUGCCAGGCCAGCAGAUCUGACUAGUCAAUUGCAAUUGAUUAGAAAGAAAGGUCGAGUGGGAGCCUGUA